UCAUAUACGAUUAUUGUCUGUGUAGAUAGUUAACUUGUGUUAAUUGAACUUCAUUUCAGACAAUGUCUUUGUUAAUCCCUGUAAGUGCUCAUUUUGGAGCUCAGUACUCAGUUUGUUCUGACAUCCGUGAAGCCAUAAAAAACAUUGAGAAGAAAUUGAGUCCGGGCCAAUUGCAACAAUUUCGCAAGACUCCAAUUGGCCACUUCAUGGGGAUUAAGAACCUCCAAUUUUCUGGCCAGAUCAUUCACCAAAUGCUUUUGUUGCUUGUUGAGGAUCAACCUGACGAUGAAUUCUGGAUCCUUCGAAAUGGUGAAAUUGUCAAAUUCACUUUCAACGACUGGUGCAGAAUUACAGGGUUGCCGAACACAAAGAGGUACCCAGCUCUUAACGACAAAGAGCUUGGACAGAGCUCACUGUGUCACACAUUCUUAGGAGGGGAGGUCACGAAGUGCACCUUCAAGCAUGUCCGAGAGAAGUAUGUUGCAGCGGAGAAUAACAUGGAUUCGGAGAAAAUGGUUGACUUUUCCAUGCUCUACUUCAUUGAGUCUGUCCUUUUAGCAAAGGAUAGAUCUACAUGCAUCGAAUCAACCCAUUUGCAUCUUGUCGAAGAGCCCAAAAAGUUCAAAUCUUAUCCAUGGGCUUGGGAGUCGUACUUACUUACUAUACGACAUAUGAAAAGUGCAAUGGAUGGUCAGCCCGAAAAAUUUGAAAAUAAGAGCAAGGAAACCUCAAACUACAAAUCCUUGAAAUACACCUUCUAUGGUUUUCCAUUGCCUAUUCAGGUGUGGGCUUAUGAGUGUUUUCCGGAGUUGGUUGAAAAAAACCUUGCUCUAAAAGAGGGGACUUCUUCUUGUGAAAUUAUUAAUUGGGCAUCAAAGAAGUUUCCAAAAGUAGUGACACUUAAGGACAUUUUCUUUCGUGAUUUGCAACAAAAGAAGAAUUCUGAUGCCGAUACCCUUCGAGCCAUUAGAGAUUUGAGGAAAAGGAUUGAUGGAGUUGAAGUGAAGGUUGAUGCCAUCAAGCAGUUGUUGGUGGAGGUUGUUAUGAAGCUGAAUUCAAGUGGCCGAAGGAGAAGAUCUGUUAGAAUUCAGAGACAGAAGAGAGCAAGGACAAAGGCGGCUGCUGCGGAAGAUGAUGAGGAUUCAGAAGAAGAUGAUGAAAUCGAGGAGGGUGCUGAGAAAAAUGAGGAAGAGACUGGUUCUGAUGAAGAUGCAGAUGAGCCUCGGGAAAAUAAGGAGGAGAGUAUGGAAAUUGAGGACGACACUGAGGAGACGGGGGAAAAUGAAGAGGAGAAUGCGCUUGGGGAAAAUGAGGAUACUGAGCAAAAUGAGGAUGAGCACAGUCCUCUUGAGAAGUCUCACAAGGACGAGGAUCGUGCCGAAAUGGAGGGGACUGCUGAACAUGAACCCCAAGACAACAUGUUUGAAGAGGAUUCACAUAUGGUUGAAGUGGAUGACAAGGAGGAUGACGAUUUAGAUGAAGACAAGCUUCUCAUGGAAUUGACUCUCAACAAGGAAAAGCUGUUGGGUAAGGGAAAACCUGUGAUCAACGAACCGUUGCAGAAGAGAAAGAGACAAAAAUCAAAGUACUACUGCAGCCCUUUUACAGACCCCCGACCGCACAAUGUCUCUCCCACGACAAUUGAACUACACUCCAAAGGUGUUGGUCACGUCAAUCGAGACUUCUUCCGUGAUCUUAUAGAUCAGGAAAAAUGGCUAAGCAAUGAUCACCUGGAGGCUAUUAUGGACAAUAUGCUGGAAGUUCUCAAUGGGAUAGAGCGCAAGAACUACACUGCUGUUGGACCAGUGUUUGUGAACCACUUACUACGUAUGAGUGCCGAUGAAUGUGUGUGGUCUAAUGAUAAGUUCUUAAGAAAGUUUGAUUGGUCUGGCGUUGAAAAGAUUUUUUUGCCCGUUAAUGGAGAUGGGAGGCAUUAGCUUCUAGCUGAAAUAGAUCUCUUACGAAAUCAAGUUCGAGUUUACGACUCCUUGAAAGGGCCGAAAUCCUCAUUCUACGUUAAAGAAGUAGUAAGAAGAAUACCCCCCCUACUUCGCACGGUUAAGGGUGUGGGUGCAAACACUUUGGAGAAGGAAUGGGAAACAUUUGUUGUCAAUGGUAUUCCGCAACAAGACUCUAGGUAUGGCAAUUGUGGAGUGAUGGUCCUUGCAUAUCUAGAGUAUUUGUUGGUUGGCUUACCAUUAAGUCCAGACUGCAGUUCUGAACACAUGCCUGAUUUCCGAUGUCAAUUUGCAGCUAGGUUAUGGCGUGGAAGGAAAACUACCAAUAUUUAGCUUUUUUAAUUUACAAUUGUAGGGAUCUCACAUAUGUUUGUGAAACUCUUUGUAAUGUAUUUUUUGGGGAAACACUUGUUAAUGAACAAUCUGUUACUGU